CACGUCACGGUAGCCUUGCAGUGAGGCAAGGAGGCACCUGAUCAUGAGAGAACUUGAAUGGCGCCCAGUUUACUUUCCCUAGCCAUCUUCUUUCGAGGCUUCGUCUGAAGGGGAGCGCUCUGCAAUUGGGAGAGUUGAAAUCUGCGGUGGCGGCAAAAUGGAGGGCGAAUCAACCUAUGAUUUGAGGAGGGCAUGCAGGACGUGGAACGGAGGCACCCUUUCUUGCAGCAUCCUGUAGAAGCUUGACUUUGUUGCUCACCGCGUGCUGCAAAUGGACAGCGAAAGUCUCUAUGCCGCCGCUCUGGACAAGGCCAGGGCCGAUUUACAGCGCCUUGCUUCUGCUGAAGAGAAAGAACCUAUCAGCGGUGUGCCUAGCCCCCCAACUGAAAUUGAUCAGCCAAAAGUGCCCAGGGCAUUCGACCGGUCGCCCAGCCUCAGGGACAAUGCUGAGGAGCAGAGCCCGGGAAUUGAUGUACCGGGCAGUCUUACAGGCUUUCCGCCCACCUUUCCGUCCCAUAAGAGGCUCCCAGGGACCCGCUUUGUGGUUGAUGGGUUCCGUGUGGCGGGCGCAUGGAGUCACAGCUACUUCUUGACGCACUUUCACAGUGACCACUAUCAAGGCAUCACCGACAAUUGGCGCAAGGGCGUCAUCUUCUGUUCCGAGACCACGGCCCGCAUGGUCGUCCAAGUCUUGGAGGUGCCCCCACACUUCGUAGUCCCGCUGCCGAUGGACCGCGAGGUGGAAAUCGACGGCUGCGGGGUGACGCUCAUAGAUGCGAAUCACUGCCCUGGGGCGAUCCAGUUCCUGUUUCGCAUUCCGGGUGCUCCGGAGAAGCGCUACGUCCACUGUGGGGACAUGCGAUUCUGCACGCAAAUGACCGCAAAUCCCUGUUUGGCACCGUAUGUUGGGGCUGAUGCCGUCUACCUGGACACCACGUACUGCAACCCCCGCUACGUCUUCCCCCUUCAAGAGGCGUCCGUUGAGUACAUAGCCGCAACGGUCGCAGCUCGUAUGCAAGAAUGGCGGGCCGAAUACGACGCCUGGAUCAAAGAGCAACCCAAUAGCGGAGCAGCGGCAGAGACCAACCCGGCAGGGGAUGGCGAAGGGGUUGGGUCGGGGGAUCCCCCUGAGGGCGAAGCGUCGCCUCUCGAGCGGGUACUUGCGCAGCCAGUGGAUUCCACUGACUGCCCGCGGCCGCCCCUGUUCAUCAUCGCAACAUACGUCAUCGGGAAGGAGAAGAUUCUGUACGCUGUAGCGCACCGGUGCGGGUGCAAGAUCUACGUGGACGAGCGCAAGAUCAAGAUCCUGCGCUGCUUGGGGCUAAACGACCUCUCGAUCUUUACGAACGAUUCGAGCAAGACGAACGUUCACGUGGUGGGGUGGGGUUUUCUGGGCGACGCGUGGCCCUUCUUCCGGGCGAACUUCACCAACAUGGAGCAGGCGUUAGACGAACGGGGGUACGAAAAAGCGGUCGGUUUUGUGCCAACCGGGUGGACGUAUGAGCUGAAAAAGAAGGCGUUUCCCACCCGGGAGAAGGGCCGGUGUAAAAUUCAUCUGGUGCCGUACAGCGAGCACAGCAACUAUGCUGAGCUCAGGGAGUACGUCAGCUUUUUGAAGCCGAAGCAGAUCAUCCCGACGGUGGGCGUCGACGAAAAGGGAAUGGACGGCAAGGCGGUCGCCGCCAUGCGGAAGCACUUCAGGAAUUUGGUCGAUGAGACCGAGGGCAAGCGGCGAUUCCUGCGGAGCUUCCAGAGGAGCGGCUCGGGAAGCAAGCCGCCGGCGCUUGAGCUGGCAGCAGAGCUGGCCGUUGAUGUGGUGGAUGAGGACACGUGCCAGAAUCCUGUUGAGCGGGAUGACACGUGUCAGGACCUCACGGUCAAAGACGAGGACGGGCUUGACGAGAGUGACGAGGCGGAAGAAGAGGUGCAGGCGAAAGACGAUCCGGAUUACGUGGAUUCGGAAGCUGACGUCAGCAGGUCGGAAGGUGACGUCAGCGGCGAAGAAGGGGAGACCGGGAAGGGGCGGGGUCGACCAAAGCGGGGUUCGAAGUUGAAGGGCGGGGAGAAAGCGGAAAAGGAUCCGCUUCUAGUUGCUGAGAAAAAGGAUCCCCUCCCGGGGCGUCUGACGCCUGUGCUGAACAGACGUGGCAAACGUAAGUUUGACGGGGAGAAGAGCAAGGGAAAUGCUCCGAAGCGAACGACGCUUGAGAUCAAGCCGAAAGUGAAGGAGGCUGUCAAGGCAGAAGUGAAAAUUGAGGCAGCGGAAGACGAACCCGAGAGAAAGGAGGACGUGGCAAACGGAGAUUUAGGUAAGGGUUCCGGGGAGGGCUUGAGCUGGAUACAGGCUCACAAGCAGGCGCUGCAGGGGGUUGACCCGCCGGUCAACACUGUUGGUCCAAACGCAGGUGCAGAAAGGAAGGUAGAGGAAAAGGGGGUAAAGGAAGAAACGCUCGAGCAUGCCCAAGAGAGCCAGAGAGAGUCUGAGGGGGAAGGGAAUGGGAGUCUUGAAAAGGUAGAACAACUGCGCGCAAUCCUGCCCGGAAUGACCGCCGCAAAGGCGGAGUUGCUUCUGGCACGCGCCGGGGGGGACGUUGCAGGGGCGGUGACCUGGUUCUACGAUGGGGGGUGCGCAGAGGAAGUCACGGCUAAUCAUGCGGAAGGGGGACCAGCUGAAGAUUUGAAGGAGGGGCGAACGGAUGCAGAGAGAAACGGCGGGGAAGAGGAUCGUAAUGUCAAACAAGCAGAGUUGCGAAGAGAACAUGAGGAGGAGGGUGAGCGGCAGGAUGCGGGUGCUGACGUGGCUGCUGACGCGGUUGCCGACGCUGGUGUUGACGUCAUCCAAGGGGCUACGGGGGACGAGGCUGACGAAGGUCCCAGCGUUCUGCAGACGGCGGACAGGAGGGACCGGACGUCCGAAGCGAGUCCGAGUCCGAAAGGGGGGGGCGCUCCGCAGCCUGCAGCAGGGAAGACGAGGACCCCCCCCAGAACGCCCGUAUCUGCAAGAAAAAGAGUGGCGAGUCAGGUUGCUGGAAAACGGGCGUCGGCUUCGAAGGCCGGUGGCGGGGCCGCCAAGAAAGGGAAAACGGACCGGCAGCAGCCGUCGAUCUUGAGCUUCUUUGGCGGGGGGAAGAAAGAGCAGCCGUCGAUGGGGGCGAAGGGGCUCAGUGGGGCGAAAACCAAUGGGAUGGAGAGCGGACAUACAAAAGAAGGUGGCGAUAAGUUUGGAGGGAAGCAUCCAGAAGCAAGAGAAGCGGGGGAGCGGACAGAGUCGGAUGGAGAAGGGGCAGCGUCCCUGGAAGCCAACGUGGGUCAGUUGCUUGGGCUGCUAGAUGGCGGUCUGGGGAAGGAGGAAGCGGAAGCUCUGCUGAAAGAAGCAGAGGGUGACGUCAAUCGUGCGCUGGAUCUGUUUUACAGUCGGGAGGGGCCUGUUACGGGGGGAGGGGACAGCAAGGCGCAUGCUUCUGGGGAGCGGGAUGGGGUCGCUACAGGGCCUCAAGAAGCGAAGGGUGGGGCAUGUUCGACGGAGGAGGGAGCUCUUGCGGAAAAGUCUCCGGAAGAGGUUGAUCCGCCGAAAGAGAAAGAGGAGGAUGGUGUAUCCAAACACGUCGCACGCGCAGAGACGCCGCGGGACGGGGACCUUGGGUCGCAACUGAACGGCAAACAGCAGUCUCAAGAGGUGCGACAGUCUCAAGAGGCGCGCCAGACGCAAAAUAGCGAGCACUCUAAAGAGGGGGGAGAAAAGGAAGAGGUUGCCGAAGAAAAGGGGGGUGCAAAUGGGGCCAAGGAAGUCGAGAAGGGGAACAAGGUUCUUCCUUCCGAAAGGCAGCUGGGGGGCGUGGUGGCGACCGGGAAGUUGGGCGCGAGUGAGAGCGAGAGGACAGCUGUCACGCUCUCAUUGGCGAAGUACGACCCGAUUGGACACGCGUGUUGGACGCGCGGGGAGGCCGCGCCGUAUUUGCACCUGGCGCGCACCUUUGAGAUCCUGGAGCGCGAGCGGGGCCGCCUCAAGAUGGCGGACAUCCUGUGCAACAUGUUCAGGAGCCUGCUCGCGCUUUCUCCGGACGACAUUCUGCCCGCCGUGUACCUGUCCACCAACCGGGUCGCCCCCGACUUCGAGAACGUCGACAUGAGCAUAGGGGGCAGCACAGUCGGGGCAGCCAUCGCCGAAGCUACCGGCACGUCGAAAGCGCAAAUGCGCGAGCUGUACAACUCUCUGGGGGAUCUGGGUGACGUGGCGCUCGCGUGCAAGCAGCGCCAGGCGACGCUCAUGGCGCCGCCCCCCUUGCGGGUGGCGCAGGUCUACCGGGCGCUGCGUAAGAUCAGCAAGGAGACCGGCCCGGGGUGCAAUAACCGGAAGAAAAACAUUGUGCUAGGACUUUUGCGCGCGUGCCGCGAGAAAGAGACGCAGUUUGUGGUCCGCACGCUUAUCCUCAACAUGCGCAUCGGCGCCAUGAUGAAGACCGUGCUCCCCGCCCUGGCCCAAGCUGUGGUCAUCCACAAAUCCCUGCCGUCCGAUGCCCCCGCCGGGCCUGCCAUCAACGGCCUGAAAUCGAAGCUGCAGGAAGCGUCCGCGGCCGUCGUUGAGGCGUACAACUUUUGUCCGAACCUGGACGUGCUAGUGCCGACUUUGGUGGAGGGCGGCAUCGAGGCAGUGAUCGCUCAGGGCGCGGUCGCCCUUGGGACGCCCAUCAAGCCCAUGCUCGCCAAGAUCACCAACGGCAUCCCGGAGGUCCUCAAAAGGUUCCAAAGCCAGGCCUUCACCGCCGAGUUCAAGUACGACGGACAGCGCGCGCAGAUCCACUUGCUGCCGGACGGGACGGUGCGCAUCUUUUCCCGCAAUUGCGAUGACAACACGGCCAAGUUCCCUGACGUCAUCGCGACCGUCAAGCAGGCUGCACGUGGCGGCUGCUCGUCCUUCAUCAUCGACGCUGAGUUGGUCGCGGUGGAUCGCAGCGCGGGCAACAAGCUGAUGGCCUUCCAGACGCUCAGCACGCGCGCGCGCGGCGGUGAGAAGACCAAGAUCGAGCUGGCUGACGUCAAGAUCGCGGUGUGCGUCUUCGCGUUCGACCUCAUGUUCGUCGACGGACAGGCGCUGGUGAAGGAGUCGUUCCGCGAGCGGCGCCGACGUAUGCACGCCGCGUUUCCGAAACACUCGGCGGGGCACUUCGAGUUUGCGCGGGAAGCGACGGUGGAGGAGCCAGAGUCGGACCCCGAGUUGGAGGCGACCUCGUCCCUGCUGCAGACCUUUUUGCAGGACGCCUUCGCGGCGUCGUGCGAGGGCAUCAUGGUGAAAGCGCUCGACAAAGACGCGGGGUACGCCGCCAGCAAGCGCAGCGACUCUUGGCUCAAGGUGAAGAAGGACUACAUCGAGGGUUUGAACGACUCCUUGGACUUGGUGCCCAUUGGUGCCUGGUACGGCCAGGGCCGAAAGGUGGGCUGGUUCAGUCCGUUCCUGUUGGGCUGCUACGACCCCGACCGGGAGGAGUACCAGAGCGUCUGCCGCUGCAUGUCCGGCUUCACGGACGUCUUCUACAAAGAGACGACGCAGCUGUACCGCGAGCAGCGGCAGCUGGACCAGAAGCCGCCGUACUACCGGACGCUGGAGCAGCCGGACGUGUGGUUCCGUCCGCACGACGUGUGGGAGAUCCGCGGGGCGGACCUCACCGUGUCGCCCGUGCACGCGGCCGCGGCCGGGCUGGUGCACCCGACACGUGGCAUCUCCAUGCGCUUCCCGCGUAUGAUCAAGACGCGGCCGGACAAGAAGCCGGAAGACUCCACGCCCCCUUCCUACAUCGCGGAACUCUUCCACCGACAGACCCGCAAGCUCGAUGUGGGUCUGGCGAACGGGAAGGACCAGAAAGUCUCGGUUCAGGGGGGUGCUGGUCCGGCUGCCGAGGUGGGGGGGGAGAAGGAGGAAAGUGGGGAAGAGAGCGGCGAAGAAGAGGACGGGCAGAAACGGCCCGUCGUGGGCUUGGAUGACUAAGUAACUUUGGAAGCUCUGCGUUGCACGCUUGUACAUAACGAGGGGUCUUGUAUUGUACUCUUACAGAUGUCGACAAUUCCUGAGGGGCGAGGGGACAUUGCACAUAAGACGUUGCAAACAGAACUAUGUUUCUGCUACCUCGCUAAUUUCUCUGUUGAAAUCGUUCGUACUUCACAUUGUCGGACUGAGCUUUGUGGAAUCGAUAUACUAAUCCCUCACAGGUUUUUGCGAGGAGCUCAACUUGAUGAUAAGGG